CACAUAGUCAUAGAUAAUCAAAUAUCAAAAUGACUUCUCUUACUGCAUUUAAGUACGAUGUCUUUCUAAGUUUUAGUGGGCACGACACUAGCCGCACCUUCAGCAGCUUUCUCUACCAUGAACUGGUUCGAAGGAACAUACGAACUUUCAAAGGCGACAAAGAGCUGGAGAUUGAUCAGAGGAUUUCCCCGGAGCUCGAUCGCGCCAUCGGGGAGUCAAGAUUCACAGUCGUUGUGGUCUCUGAGAACUACGCUGCGUCUUCUUGGUGCCUGAAAGAGCUCAGGAAGAUCAUGGAUUUCGAGAACCAGGGUUUGAUGACCGUGAUCCCUAUCUUCUAUGGCGUGGAUCCGUUUGAUGUGAGGUUUCAGAUCAAGAAAGUCGCUGAACAUUUCAAGAAGCACGAGGCUAGAGAAGAUGAUGAGAAAGUGCUUUCAUGGAGGCGAGCAUUGAGAGAUUUGUCGUAUAUCUCCAGCCCUUGUUCAUGGAAAUGUGAAGAUGACUUGAAGUUGGUCAACGCAAUUGCGGACGAUAUAUCAAAUAAGUUGGUUAUUAUUACAAGUACAACAAUAAGCAACGGGAGGAACAUAGUGGGGAUUGAUAAACACAUGAAGGAUCUUAACCGACUAAUGGAUCUGAAUUCCAAAGAAGGAUUGAGAAUUGUUGGGAUUUGGGCUAGAGAAUGCAGUGCUAGAUCAGCUCUAGCUAGAUAUGUUUAUCAGACAACCUGUCAACACUUUGAAAGCUAUUGUUUCAUGGGAAACAUGAAAAAUAUUUCUCAGGGUCGCGACUGUGAAAGCCAUUUACACGAAGAGUUUCUGAAAAAUAUUGAAGGAAAAUACUUGACGAGCUAUGAAACUCUCAAGAACCAAACGGUUCUUCUCGUGGCAGACGACGUCGAUAAGCUUGAACAGUUAGAUGCUCUUGAAGCAGACUUUAGCGGCUUUGGUCCAGGGAGUGUUGUUAUCAUCACUACAAAAGACAAGCAGCUGUUGCAUUCUUAUGGUAUAAAGCUUGUCUUCGAAGAAGAGUUUUUGAGAUUCCAUCCAUUCCACAGUCGAUUCUUCCGAACAUUAGCCUUUAAAAAGAGAGACAUUUAUGCCAUGAAAUGUUUUGGUUGGCUUCCUUUUUUCCUAUUUUUAACGGUUGGAAUAUUUUGGUUUUCUAAGUAGUAUAUGUUAAGGAACUAAAGGAAGUGUCUCUCUUUACUACCAAAAUAUUAUCUUUUAUUGUUUAUGGAACACUAUAUAUGGGUAUAAACCUAAACUGUCCUCCUAUGUACAAGUAUAUAUAUGUAUAUCAUCUGUACACACCUUGUCAAUAUAU